AUCGAACUUUGCCCUCAGCUGUCACCGGGCUUUUCAGUCUGAGAAUAAAUUGGUCCAGAACUAAACAAUAGAUUAAUUGAUGAGACCCAGCGAAAGGAAACAGGAUCCCUGGAGCAGACUGAAUUGGAAAGAGAUUCUGUGUGUAAUCUUUGUCACUGUGCACUGAAGUACAAUCGUUAGCCGGUGCCGAACAACAACCAUUUGCUUGACUGAGUUUUUGUGUGCAUCAGUGCAAGCACUGGGGAGCAGGGUGUGGAGUUACAUCUUGAUUAGUGUGAUGACCAGAUUGAUGACCGUGUUCCCAACUGAACAUUCCGCCAAUUUACUGCUUGGCCCCAUAUAAUUCAGUGUUCAGAUUAACUGGAAACAAAUCAACAGCUCAGCACUCUUUUUUUACUGUAUAUUUUUGCGUUACUUUUAGCAAAGGCAGGGUGCAUCUUAAAACGAGAAUAUCUAAAAUAAAGCUUAAAACUAAAUCUCAGUGGAUGUUUAUAACAAAUAUCAAUGGGCACGGUACUGUGCACGUCCUGUACCGAAUAAUGUCGCUGAUAGUUUAUCCGUGGUUUUCUACAGCUGUCACCCGUUCAUUUCAAUGUUAGACAUGUUACACGUCCCUCUGCACAAUGCAGUUAUAGAGUGGUUAUUUGAGUUACUGUUGUCUUCCCGGCAUAUUGAACCGAUCUCGCUUUUCUCAUUCGUUCUCUCUCAUUAACAAGGCGUUUUUGCUCUGAGAACUGCCGCUCACUGAUCUUUUUUUUCCGCGCAAUUCUCCGCAAACUGAAACUGUUGAACGUGACAAUCUCAAGAGUUCACUCUCAAAAUCACUGAGAUCACAUUUCAUCUCCAUUGUGAUGUUUGUUAGAGGCAAAACGUACCCUGUACCAAGGUCCAGGAUACGGAGAAACCCGCUGAUAACACUGUGGGUUUAGUUAAUGAUUGUCACCAGGAGCUGACUGAACAUUAACCAGGGUGUGUUCAUUUACUUACAGAACCCGUAACACAGCCUUACUGGGACAGGGUGGUAACAGAAUCUGGAGCCGCGGUACAAGUUAAAAUUAGACAGAGAUUUAUUGAGAGAUUUAUUGGAAGAAAAACACCAACUGGAAGCGAACCACAACUGAAGACGAGGGAACAGCAACAAGUGAACCAGCCCGAGGACUGAGAGCAUCAACUGGAGAGAACCCUUCUGACUCAGGGUUUCCAUUGAUUCAGCCCGGAGAAAGUUUGAAAGCAGCAAAAUCUGACCAGAACUGUCCUCAAAAUGGAUAACGGAGCGAGCAGUAGAGGAGUUCCAGUGACGUCAACAUUGGGAAAGGACACGGGUCCGAGCUCAGAGAUCUCCGAGCUCCUGGCAGGCUGGAAUGAUUUCCAGCUGCUGCAGCUGACGGAUUUCUACCGGGACAGGCUGGAGCAGGCGAUGGAAGGAGGGGUGCACGGAGUGAGCCUGGCGUUAACGGCCGAGAAUCAGUUCAGCGGAGAGGAACAUCGGAAAAUCUCUGAUCUCGCUGAUAAGGGAGAGUGGGCGGACAGUUCUAAACUCCUCCUAAGCCUGGUGAUGGAGAAAGGCUCCCUUGCCCGGAGGGUGAUGUGGGAAACCUUUGUGAAAAUGCAGAAUUGUGUCCCAAAGUUGGACAAAAUACUGAAAGAAAUACAGGCACAUGGUUGUGUUCCGGUCCAGCGACCCGUCCCGGAGAUUCCCAGAGGGCUGAAAGAUGUUCAACAGAAACACAAGGAGACUCUGCGGGCACAAACUGAAUCACUGAGAGUCAACACGAUCCUGAUGAGGGAGAAGGUGAAGGUUUUCCAGCUGGUUGAUCGAUACGCUGAGCUCACGGUCAUUUCUACUGUUCGAGAUCGGAGACUGGUGGAACAUGAGCUGCUGGCAAGAGGCAGAGACCACGAGGAGUGGAGAGAAAGACAUCUCCGCAGAGAGCUGGAGAAACUCCAGACAGAUCGGUUGUUCCAGAGCAGCUUUUCCCGGAGGAAAUCCAAAUCUGGGAGUUCGGCAGCAGUGGCCGGAGUCCCGGGGAUCGGGAAAACCACAAUGGUACAAAAGAUUGUUUAUGACUGGGCCACGGGGAAAAUAUACCAACAAUUCCAGUUUGUCUUCUGUUUCAAAUUCCGGGAUUUAAACUCCAUUAACUGCAGAAUAAACCUGAGGGAACUGAUUCUGGAUCAGUAUCCUUACUUUGGGGAUAUCCUGAGAGAGGUCUGGAAGAACCCAGAGGGAUUGCUGUUUAUAUUCGAUGGUUUGGAUGAAUUCAAACACAGAAUCGAUUUUGCACACAGUCGAAGAGAUACAGAACCCAAGCACCAGUGCCCAGAUCCCGAGUGGUGGUGUGAAGUGUCUGACAUUGUGUACAGUUUAAUCCAGAGCAAGCUGCUCCCAGGGUGUUCAGUGCUGGUGACCACCCGUCCCACGGCGUUACAUUUAUUGGAAAAGGCGAAGAUCAGUAUCUGGGCUGAAAUCCUGGGAUUUGUUGGUGAGGAACGGAAGGAAUAUUUCAUCAGGCAUUUUGAAGAUCAGACGGUGGCGGCAGCUGUUUUCAAACACGUGGAGGAGAACGAGAUCCUGUACACCAUGAGCUAUAACCCCUCCUACUGCUGGAUCCUCGCUCUGGCACUUGGCCCCUUCUUCACACAAAGAGUCAGGGACCCGCAGCGAGUUCCCAAGACCAUCACCCAACUGUACUCCUACUAUAUUUACAACAUCCUGAAAAACCACGGCCGUGAGAUUGAGAACCCCCGUCAUGUGUUACUCAGGGUUGGUCAGAUGGCCUUCAGAGGAGUGUCCGAGAAGAAGAUAGUGUUUACAGAUGGAGAUUUGAUCAAAUACAAUCUGCAGCCUUCCCAGUUCCUGUCCGGGUUCCUGAUGGAGCUUUUGGAGAGAGAGGAUUCUGCCCGGUGUGUAGUGUACACAUUCCCACACCUCACCAUCCAAGAGUUUGUAGCUGCAGUCGCACAAUUCCUGACUAUAUGUCCCACGGAUAUCCUGAAAUUUCUCACUGAAGCCCACAACACGACAGAUGGGCGAUUUGAGGUAUUUUUCCGUUUCGUUGCUGGUCUCUCCUCCCCAGUGACAGCUCGGGGCCUGGAGGAGUUUCUGGGUCCGUUUCCUCAUCAAACAACCUGCCGGGUGAUUGACUGGGUGAAGGAGGAAGUUAAACGCCGGAGUGAAAACAUGGAGAGUGAAGCUGGUAAAAGGAGCCUCCUGAACACAUUGCACUACCUGUUUGAGUCUCAGAAUCGUGGACUUACUCAGGCCGCACUGGGAUCAGAGGAAACACUUUCAUUCAUGGGAAUGACACUGACCCCGAUUGACUGCGCGGUCCUGUCUCAUGUCAUCGGACUCUGUGAUACAAUAAAACAACUCGACCUGGAGAACUGCCACAUUCAGUGUGAAGGAAUCCAGCGGCUGGGACCCGGGCUGCACAAGUGUCGGGAGUUGAGACUCGGUCGGAAUAAACUGGGAGACUCAGGAGUGAAACUGGUGUCUGCGGCUCUGAGGAACCCAGAGUGUAAAAUACAGGAACUGUGGCUGACGGGUGUCGGUCUCACAGAUUCUGGUGUCGAGGAUCUCGUCUCAGUUCUCAGUACAAACACAUCACUGACGGAGCUGAACCUGAGUGAUAACAAACUGGGAGAUUCAGGAGUGAAACUGGUGUCUGCGGCUCUGAGGAACCCGGAGUGUAAAAUACAGAAACUGGGGCUGAUCAAUGUCGGUCUCACAGAUUCUGGUGCCGAGGAUCUCGUCUCCGCUCUCAGUACAAACCCAUCACUGACGGAGCUGAACCUGGGAUUUAACUCGCUGACAGACCGAUCUGUCCCCGAUCUCCGCCGCCUCAUACUGACCCUCCCGAGUCUGGAGUGGAUCUGGCUGUGGCAGAAUCGGUUCAGUGAGACCGGGAAGAAGGAACUGGAUCUCUGCAGGAACCCAGACCCGGACUGACAGUGUAUCUGUGACCAUCUGAAUGUGUGAACAUCCUCACCCGUGGGAUGGGGACAUUUUGGCCGAUUCCCCGCCCUCCCCUUUAACCCCGCACCCCACCUUCCCCUUACCUUUAAUGUCCGCGCGCCAGAUUUAAUUCCCAACGGUUUUAACGGAACUAGCUCCGCGAUCGCGCUUAUCGUCGAUCUUUAUGCUCCCGUAGUGACGUAUUCCCGCCUCCUGUCCAGCGGCGCAGCUUCCGCCGGAUGUGCGGGUUCGAGACCCCGGGGAAUUACAGAGACAGGAAGAGCCCGGGGGCCGGGGCUCAGUCUGGGACACCCGUUUCCCGGGGUGGGAUUAUCCCGGGAGAGAAUCCUUUUGCUCCCUUUGCUGAGGACGGUGCAUUCGGCAGUCUGGCCGAUAUAAUGAUGUUAAAUAGACAAAUACCUCGGCAGUGACCCUGGAUCUGCAGUGAUCUCGGACACGGUUCUGAAGUGUGAUUUUAUAAUCAUCGGUUCCCCGAUGCAGAGUGACGGUGAGAAACGGGACUGAUUAUUCAACCGUUCACCGUUGUCGCCGGUCAGUUAAUUGUGUGUGACUGUGAGUGAGUCGGGAGCAGUUUAUUUAUUCCCGCACGUCAGCAGCUCACACAUUGUUUAAUUUACAUUUGUCCUGAUAAAAUCAAUAAACCUGUAACUUUCCUGUCUUGAUGUCGGACU